CCUUUCGUACACCGUAGGGAUCGUUUCUACGCUAGUGCGCAUGCGUUUGUUUACACCGCUGUCAUCUCAGCGUUCAUUUAACUGAAGGGAACACUCAGGCUGGACUCAUGGACAGCAGCGAAGGUCCAGCUCAGAGGCCCAUCACUCUGGAUAUAGAUGCAGGCAUUGAGACCCCCGAGACCUCUGUCCCACCCCAGAACGACCUAACAGAAGCUUCAUUUCGAGAGGAGAGCAUCGAUUUGAAUGCAGAAAACUUUGCUUCACCGCAGGACGACAGCAUUCACUCUGAGAGCCUCAUGGACAAGCUGAACGACCAGAUGAUGGAGAGCGUGAUGAUUUCAGACUCGCCCAACAGCGAGGAAGAGGACGCGGUUCCUAUUGACUCGCUUUUAGGGCAGAAUGAUGAUGAAGAGGCGUCCAAAACACCUGAUGGAGAUGCAGAAGAGCCAAACGGAGAUGAUAGUACUGAACAUGAAGAAACAUCUGAGGGUUUUUUGGAAGAAGAGAAGCAAGAGGAGAAGAUCAUUCAGGCGGAUGAUGACAAAAGGGAAAUCGCUCCUCCAAACCUAGAAACUCCCGAAUCUCAGGACGCAUCCAUCGAAAUAAAUACCAUUUCAACCCCCAGAGAAGAUCCCGUCCCAGUGUGUACGAUCUUCAGCCAGGCAGCGCAGCCCAAAACACAAGCUCUGGUUCCCGACGGCUUCCAACCUACGCUUGUCAAAUCUCCCAGUUUUACCACGGGCAGCACAGAAACCCCCAACAAACUCAUCCCGCAGGUGUGCCAGCCGAGUCCCAGCCUCAGUAAGUUCUUCACGGAUAACGGCGCGGUCAACCCUGCCUCAGACUUCUUCGAUUCCUUCACGACGUCCACCUCUUUCAUAUCCGUCAGCAACCCGAACGCAGAGUCGCUCAAUCCUUCGGAAUCUCCUCAGGAAGCUGUACCAACCAGCACGUACUUUACACCAGCUGCGAACAAACCACAAGGGAGUCCUGUUGAGGUCUCGGCACCCAUGAAUAAGCUGCAGGCCGUGUUUUCGAGUGGAGAUGACCCCUUUGCGAGCGCUCUGAUCAAUAGCGAGCUGGAUAAGAGAUACGAUGCUUGGCUUCCCUCUGAUGACACUAGGAAAGUGCUGAUUUCGGUGGCCACACAGCAGAUCAGCCCUGGUCAGAUACCCAGAGAGCAGCUGGCCAUGCCUGGACUCAAGUUUGACAACCUGCAGGGUGACGCAGUGAAAGAUCUCAUGCAGCGUUUUCUAGGCGAGCAGGCAGCGAUGAAGAGGCAGGUGCUCUCGGCUAACUCUGUGGAGCAAAACUUCUUGGGUCUCAAGAGGCUAAUAAGCACUAAGAACUGGAGGGCGGCUGUGGACCUGACGGGCCGACUGCUGACGGCUCACGGACAGGGCUACGGCAAGAGCGGACAGCACACCACACACACCACUGACUCACUACAGCUGUGGUUUGUGCGUCUGUCUCUCCUGAUGAAGCUCAGCCUCUUCCAGAACGCUGAACUGGAGCUGGAGCCGUUCGGGGAUCUGGAUCAUCCAAACCUUUACUAUGAGUAUUACCCCGCCGUUUACCCGGGAAGACGAGGCUCAAUGGUGCCGUUCUCCAUGCGUCUUCUGCACGCCGAGCUCCCUCAGUACCUGCAGAAGCCUCAGGAAACUCUGGACCGUCUCCACAGAAUAAAGAGCGUCUGUCAGAAGAUCCUGAGCAACCUGCAGGAGGGUCUGGCUGAGGACGGCAGUAUGGUGAACCUCACGCAGGAGAACAGACUCGCCUCUCUGGAGCUGUGGAGGUCACGUCUGAGCAGACUGAUGUACUCCAUGGCCAACUGUCUGCUAAUGAUGAAGGACUAUGUGUUGGCUGUGGAGACGUAUCGCUCCAUCAUCGAGUUUGAGCCGGAGCAGAAAGUGCAGCUGCUGAGUGGAAUCGGACGCAUUUUCCUGCAGAUCGGAGACAUCAGAACUGCGGAGAAAUAUUUUCAGGAUGUGGAAAACGCCUGUCAGUCAAAGGGAAAAACAGCCACUGAAGAAACCUCGGUUCUGAUGAACAGGGCUUUUGUUUACCUGAGUCAGAAUAACUACGCAGACGCGCACACGUGUUUCUCCAGUGUCCUACGCCUCGAUCCCAAGAACCCAGUGGCAAACAACAACGCAGCCGUGUGUCUCCUGUACUUGGGAAGGCUAAAGGAGUCCCUGGGCCAGCUGGAGAGCCUGGUGCACAAGGACCCGGCACUGUACCUGCACGAAAGCGUACUCUUCAACCUCACCACCAUGUACGAGCUGGAGUCGUCACGCAGCACACAGAAAAAACAGGCGCUACUGGAGGCCGCCGCAUGCAGAGAAGGAGACAGCUUUAACAUCCAGUGCCUCAAGCUAGUAUGAGACGCACACCACCCACACACAAUCCAACACACACUGCAAAAAACACUCGUCUCUUUCUAGUCCAAAUAUUCAAACAUUCUGAAGUCAAGAAGCGUUUUUUUUAGACAACUAUCAAAUAUUGUUUUGUUUUUAUGAAUAUGAAGUCAAAAUGAAGUGAGUUUUUGCUUAAAACAUGUAAAAUAAUCUUGUUUUUGGUUUGAAAUAACACCGUUUACCUCAUUGGCAGAUUAUUUCACUUGAUUUUUGAAGGUCAAACUCACUUAAAGGGAUAGUUCAGCCCUACAUUUUUUAUUUACUCACCAUCUACU